AUGCCUAUGGCAGUCUCUCCCGAGCGGCCCCGGAGUGGCAUAACCAAACUGACGGGGGGGCGGGUAGUGAGAGGCAGCGAACUAGUCGAGGAAGAUGUCUGGAUCAGCUCCGUGACCGGCAAGAUCCUCAACAGCCAAGAGGUCUUCUAUGAGCAUCACGUCGUUGCGGACGACAUUGUCGACCUCCAGGGCAAGAUCUUGUGCCCUGGCUUCAUCGAUGUGCAGUUCAACGGGGGAUUUGGUUUCGACUUUUCCACCAUCCCUCAAGACAUGGCUACGUACCGGAAAGGCGUGGGUCGACUAAAUCGCCAGCUGGUACGGACAGGAGUCACCUCCUAUCUCCCCACCAUUCCCAGUCAACUGCCGGAAGUCUACCACAACGCCCUUCCGUUCCUCGGACCGUCUGGCAAGGAGCGCAACCCUUGGGAAGGAUCCGAGUCUCUGGGUGCGCAUUGCGAGGGUCCUUUCAUAUCGCCGACCAAGAACGGCAUUCACAGCUUGGCGGUGCUCCAAGCGGCGGGGAACGGGUUCCAGGACUUUGAGGCAUGCUAUGGAGCGGAGAAUCUACGAGCAUCGGAUACCUCUCCCCCGGCCGUCAGCAUGAUCACUGCGGCGCCAGAAGUCGCCGGGGUGUUUGAAGCCAUCAAGGAAACGACGAGACGCGGAAUCAAGUUUAGCAUCGGCCACACCGAGUCGACGUUCGAAGAAGCGACAGACGCCAUCCACGCCGGCGCAACGAUGAUCACCCACCUGUUCAACGCCAUGCGUCCGCUGCAUCACCGCAACCCCGGUGUUUUCGGGACGCUGGGAGAGGCGGAGGCCAAGGAGCGACCGUACUUUGGCAUCAUCUCCGACGGCAUCCACCUGCAUCCGACGACGGUGAAGAUUGCGUGGAACGCGCAUCCCGACGGUUUCAUCCUGGUGACGGACGCGAUGAAGACGGUAGGCCUUCCGGACGGCGUGUACGACUGGACGAAUGGAGAUCGGUUCGUGAAAAAGGGGCCGCUCCUGACACGAGAAGGGACGGGGACAAUCGCAGGCAGCUCAGCAACGCUCAUCGAAUGCGCGAGCAAUUUCUGGACCUGGUCCCAUGCGACGAUACCAGAGGUUCUGCGGUCGGUGACAUCGACUCCUGCGGAAAUGCUGGGGAUUGCAGAGCGCAAGGGAACCUUGAACCCCAAUGCGGACGCCGAUCUGCUGGUGCUGGAUGCGCAGGAACUGGCGAAUGGCAGACGGAACUUCACGGUGCAUCAGGUGUACAAGUUUGGCAGUCUUGUUUAUGAUGGGUCGGAGGGGGUGAAGGCGGAUGUCUAG